GACUUUUUUUGAGCUAUGGCGGGCAUUGUAAUCUUGUUCUUGGUGGUUCUAAUAUGUGUUUUGUUCUUCAAGUGGUGGAACUCUGAUGAUUUCUAUGGACCCAAAUCGUAUCCUUUCAUUGGGUGCAUGAUUUCCUUCUGGAAGAAUCAAACCAGGCUGUGCGAAUGGUACACAGAGCUGCUAAAAAAUUCUCCCACGCAGACCAUGACAAUCCUGCGCCUGGGCACCACGAGAACAGUGGUGACGGCCAAUCCAGAGAACGUAGAACACAUUUUGAAGACCCGAUUCGAGAAUUAUCCCAAAGGUAAGAUCUUUAACGAGAUUCUGAACGAUCUGUUGGGCAAUGGCAUCUUCAACGCUGAUGGAGAAGCGUGGAGAAUCCAGAGAAAGAUCGCGAGCUAUGAAUUCAAUACAAAGUCUCUGCGGAACUUCAUCGUGGAUUGUGUGCAGUCAGAGACCACGGAUCGUUUGGUGCCCGUGCUUGAGCAGGCUUGUCAAAGAGGGACUUUUCUUGAUUUGCAAGAUGUUCUGCGCAGAUUUUCCUUCGACAACAUCUGCAAAGUGGCCUUCGGGAUGGACCCAAAUUGUCUCGAUCUGAGCCUUCCAAGAUCGGAAUUUGCGGACGCCAUGGAUCUUGCCUGCCAGCUAAGUUCCAAAAGAGCACGGUCUGUCAUAAGUCUGGAGUGGAAAAUCAAACGGGCUCUGAAAAUUGGCUCGGAAAAAGAGCUCGCGGAUGCAAUCCGUGUCGUUCAUGAGUUUGCAGGCGAUGUUAUUCACAGAAGAAAUGCAGAAUUAGAUGUCUUUUCCCAACUCAAAUCAGACCUGCUAUCGAGAUUUCUGCUGCUCACUGAAGAAAGCUUCGAUGAGAAACAUUUGCGAGAUAUUGUGGUGAGUUUCGUUCUUGCAGGCAGAGAUACAACGGCUUCUUCUCUGACAUGGUUUUUCUGGCUUCUUUCUUCACAUCCUGAUGUGGAGGAAAGGAUUCUGAGGGAAGUGAGUGAAAAAAAGGAGGAAUUGUUAUCAUUUGAGGAGAUUAAAGGGAUGCAAUAUCUUCAUGCUGCGAUUUGUGAGUCCAUGAGAUUAUAUCCUCCUGUUCGAUUCGACUCAAAAUUUGCUGUUGAAGAUGACUGUCUUCCAGAUGGGACUUUUGUGAAAAAGGGCAGCUGGGUGACUUACCAUCCUUAUGCCAUGGGGAGAAUGGAGAGCAUUUGGGGCAAGGAUUGCAUGGAGUUUAAGCCUGAGAGAUGGAUUAAGGAGGGAGUUUUUGUUCCUGAGAGCCCAUUUAAGUACGCUGUCUUUCAGGCUGGUCCUCGUGUCUGUUUGGGGAAAGAAAUGGCUUUUAUUCAGAUGAAAUAUAUCGCUGCUUCUGUGAUUCGUGGGUUUCGAUUUAGAGUUGAUCCUCAGCACAGGGCAGACUCCAUUCCCAGCUUGACUUCGACAAUGAGGAAUGGCCUGCCGGUUCAAGUCCAGAAACGAGCUUCAUGAUUGUGAUGUCAAAGAAGAUGUCUUUGAUUUGACUGCAAUCACUUUCAGUACCAUUUGUCAAUGUAUAUAAUAGGUAUACUUUAUAAUUUUUUCAUGGUAACAAGUCAUAUGUCGAUAACUCUCUCUUUAUAUAUA